ACUAAAUACGGACCCAAAAAAAAGUGGUGAACAGCAACAAACCGUAAAAAACAGUGAGCUUAAUUCUCUUUGCCAAAAUUAUUAUUACGAACAAAUCCACCAUUUUUCCAUUCUGCAUCCUUCUCGUCAAUCAUUCAACCCUAAUCACAGUUUUUUUCAGCAUUAAUCAUAAUAUUGUAAAAUUCGUCUAAAAAUACAACGAAACUUCUAUGAGCGUCGACGUCGCCGAGCUUUCAUAAGUAAAUCGGUCUGCGAAUUUUCGUCGUAUUAAUACAAAGGAACAUGAUGUUUUUCAAGACCUCUGAGGAGUUAGAUUCAUAUUAUCCUGUGAGAGCUGAAUGUGCAGCUGAUGUUCCCAAGACCCGGUUUAAAGCAAGGGUUGGUAAAACUCUGAGCCCAAGAAGAUGGAAUGCGGCAUUUACUGAGGAUGGCCAUUUGGAUAUAGCUGCUGUUCUUAGAAGAAUCCAGAGAGGGGGGGUUCAUCCUACCAUUAAAGGGGUAGUCUGGGAGUUCUUGUUAGGUUGUUUUGAUCCCAACAGCACAUAUGAUGAAAGAAAUGAUAUCAGGCGACGAAGAAGGGGACAGUAUGAUGCACUGAAAGCUGUAUGUCACAAUAUGGUACCUACUAUUGGCAGUGGAAAGUUCAUCACAACGCCUAUAGUUACUGAUGAUGGUCACCCAGUACCAGAUCCCCAAAACAGCACCUAUGCCAUAUCAAAUUCUGGUCAAUUAGACCAAAGGGAGAUUCAAUGGAUGCUAAGCCUGCCUCAAAUUGAAGUGGUUCUGAUGCUUGUGUUCACCCAUGUUUGGAUGUCGUACGGACUGAUCGCACGCUUGUAUUCUAUGAGAAUGAAGCUAAUCAGGCAAAACUUUGGGAUGUUCUUGCUGUCUAUGCUUGGAUGGACAAAGAUAUUGGGAAUGAAUGAUAUAUGCUCUCCAAUGGUUAUACUUAUCGAACAUGAAGCAGAUGCCUUCUGGUGCUUUGAGCGAGCAAUGCGCCGGCUAAGAGAAAAUUUCAGGUGUACCACGAGUGCUAUGGGUGUUCAAUCUCAACUGGGCACCCUUUCACAAAUUAUUAGAGCUAUUGACCCGAAACUCCAUCAGCACCUUGAGGAGCUGGAUGGUGGGGAAUAUUUAUUUGCCAUUCGUAUGCUGAUGGUUCUGUUUCGAAGAGAGUUUUCAUUUGUGGAUGCAAUGUAUCUUUGGGAGGUCAUGUGGGCGAUGGAGUACAAUCCAAAUAUCUUCACAUUUUAUGAGGAAUCAAUGGAUUUAUCUUCUUCCAACAGUCAAGGUGACCUCAAAGUCAACCAUAAGAAGAUGCUGAAGCAGUACGGGAAAUUCGAGAGAAAAAAUAUGCAAACUGGAUGGACAGACCAGAGAGGUGCUCUUGCUGUGUUCCUUGUUGCUAGUGUACUUGAGAAGAAGAAUAAGCGACUCUUACGAGAGGCUCAAGGCAUGGAUGAUGUUGUCCAGAUCCUGGGCGAAAUCACUGGAAAUUUGGACGCGAAAAAAGCAUUAAAAGAGGCACUGAGUAUUCAUAAGAAGUAUUUAAGCAAGGCAAGCUUUACCCUACUAUCUCUCCCUUCUCUACUUAUAUUAUACAAAAAAUCCAUCCUCAAGUCUGACUGCUUCCUAUUUGAAUGCAGUCCAAGAAGUCGUCCUAAAUGCUACCGUGAGGCCUCGUGUCCAUCAAACUAUUUUUUCUCCAUUCUUUUCUCAGUAAGCAGCAAUUCAUUUUGGUCCAGCCUCCCCCACAUUUUCUUCAGCUUUUCACACACCGUUGACUUCACAAAAUACUGAAUGUGUUAUGUUGCAUAAAGAUUGACAGUUGAUAAGCUUUUGCCAGUUUUGAGAAAAAAUUGAAAAGUUGGUGUAUUCAGGAAAAAGGUUAAUUGUAUAUAAAUGCACAAAUUUAUACUACUAAA